AUGACUCUCACAAGCUCUCACGAGGCUCCUGGUGACACUAGUGACAAUUUGGGGCCUGAAUCACAUCACACGUCUAGACAUGCUAUGCUGUACCUGUAUGCAUCACACUUUCUAUCUACAUGGCUUUCACGUGGCUUCGAAUUCGGUGCCGUUUUGUUCCUAGCAAGAAGCUAUCCAGGCAGUCUCCUCGAAUUGUCGCUGUACGCAAUAUUUCGAGCUUUAUCGGCCAUUGUCUGUGCUCCAAUCGUAGCCAAGUACAUUGAUCGGGGUGAUCGGUUAAUGGUCAUACGCCAAUCAAUUCUCUGGCAAAGGGCUUCAGUGACUGCAUCGUGUCUAUUCUUUUGGCCUCUUUUGCAUCAAGCUAGUUUUAGCAAGUGGUCACCAUCAUGGCUCUUGUGUGGUGUCAUUCUGCUCGCUGGCGUUGAAAAGCUUGCAAGUAUGGCAUGUACUAUCUCAGUCGAAAGAGAUUGGGUCAUUGUCAUUGCGAAUGACGACUCAACCAAGCUCGAAACAAUAAACUCGCAAAUGCGUCGAAUCGACUUGUUCUGCAAGCUCAUCAGUCCAGUCGCCAUUGCCUUGCUUGAGGGCGCAUCUACCAAGAUUGCCAUCAUCUACAUUGCCGGCACAAACGUAAUCUUUGCAGCCAUCGAGUAUUCUCUCAUCAAAGUCACGUUUCAAUCAUUUCCGCGCCUCGCAGAUAAGGUGGCAGUAACGGACGCCAGCUCUUCACGUCCAAUCAGCGAUAUUGCAUCCCAUAAUCAUCUGGGCAUAGCUUGGUUUCGGUCGUGGUAUCAAUCAUGCAAACGCAAUGUCGUCACCUAUGUCUCGCAAGACGCUUUCUAUCCCUCAUUAUGUCUCUCAGCAUUAUAUCUGACAAGUCUCUCAUUCGGUGGGCAGAUGGUGGCUUUUCUACUCGCCAUGGGCUUCAGCGGUUCAUUGCUUGCACUGCUCAGAGUUGGCUCAACCAUUUGCGAGCUCUCAGCAACUUGGCUUGCGCCGUGGCUCAUGGCAAGGGUCGGUGUGAUACGAGCAGGUCUUUGGUUUCUCAACGGACAAGUCAUCUGUCUAUGCAUGGCUAUCGUGCCCUUGUGGAUUGCUCCAACUUCUUUCACCGCAUUGCUUCUCUUCGUCUGUGGUGUCGCCUUGAGCCGCGUUGGGCUCUGGGGUUUCGAUCUGUCUUCUCAAGUCUUCAUUCAAAGCCAUGUUCAUGAGGCUGACCGGGCCGCGUUUUCAACGACAGAGUGGGCGCUGCAAAGCAUAUUUGAGCUCGCCACAUUCCUCAUCACAGCUGCACUGCCAGAUGUCCACCAAUUCAAAAUCUCGGCUACGAUCUCAUUCUGCUCUGUGGCGAUUGCAGCUAGUCUCUAUGCGAGAUUUGUCUAUGCAGAGCGCGGACAUUUGUUUCACGGGAAAAAGCGCAUUUGA